GAUUAAGCUUUACAGUAAAAAUGCUCUUUUUUUUCUCCAUCAGGAGUCUGGCCUACAACAAUCUGGAGACUCUCCCCAAAGAUUUGUUCAAAGGUCUCGAGGCCUUGACAAAAGUAGACUUGCGUGGGAAUCAUUUCUUGUGUGACUGCAAGCUGAAGUGGUUAGUGGAGUGGAUAUACGGCACCAAUGCCACCGUGGACCAGAUUUACUGCAAGGGCCCGGCCUCACAGCUGGAGAAGAAGAUCAAUGACCUGUCGCCGCAGUCCUUCGACUGCAUCACCACAGAGUUUGCUCCCUACCAGUCCUUGAAAUUUGAGUCCAUAUCAGUGGAAGCAUUUUCUUUCCGGAACGACCAGUAUGUCGUCUUUGCCCAGCCAUUUAUCGGGAAGUGUGGCUUCCUUGAAUGGGAUCAUGUCGAGAUGAACUUCAGAAACUUUGACGAUAUUGACAGUACAUCCACUGUGAUCUGCAAGCCUCUCGUCAUUGACAACCAGCUGUUCAUCAUCGUGGCUCAGCUGUUUGGAGGCUCCCACAUCUACAAGCGGGACACCUCUGCCAACAAAUUCAUCAAGCUUCAAGGCAUUGAUGUCCUGAAAAUCCGCAAGCCAAAUGACGUCGAGACGUUCCGGAUCGAUGGAGAGUCCUUCUUCGUCAUAGCCGACAGCUCCAAGGCUGGCUCCACCACCAUCUACAAGUGGAACGGCAAUGGCUUCUACUCCCAUCAGUCCCUCCAUCCGUGGUACCGCGACACUGACGUGGAGUACCUAGAGAUCUCCUCCAAACCUCACCUGAUCCUGUCCAGCAGCUCCCAGAGGCCCGUCAUCUACCAGUGGAACAAAGCCGUCAAGCAUUUCGACAGACGAACCGACAUCCCGGAGAUGGAGGACGUUUAUGCCGUCAAGCACUUCCAGGUCAAGUCUGAUCUCUACAUCUGCCUGACGCGCUUCAUUGGCGACUCCAAGGUGAUGCGCUGGGAUGGCGCCCUCUUCAGAGAAUUACAGACCAUGCCCUCCCGAGGCUCCAUGGUGUUCCAGCCCUUCACCGUGGGCAGCUGGCAGUACGCCAUUCUGGGCAGCGACUACUCUUUCACCCAGGUGUACCGCUGGGAUGCCAAGAAGGGCGAGUUUGUUCGCUUCCAGGAGCUGAACAUUCAGGCACCAAGGGCCUUUUCUCCAGUUUCCAUUGACAACCGUCAGUUUCUGCUGGCCUCCAGUUUCAAAGGGAAAACUCAGAUAUACGAGCAUUUAGUCAUUGAUCUGAGUAAUUGAUUGUUUUUUUUUUUUCUAUUGGAUGGUUAGUUAUUUUUGUGAUCUUUUUUGUGUACAUACAAAAGUCUGUAAUAGGAGAUUGAGAGCUAAGCAACUCAGAAAUUUAUGGUCCUAACUAGACAUUUAUAUUCACUCAUUUUUAAAAAUCUAUCACAAUUUCUGCAUGACACGUUUAAAGAUAACAAAUACGUUUCUCAAGCCAAUUAUCUGAUUGAGAGGCAUGUAUCCUAGGUUAGGAUUAGAUCCAAUAUGUUCUCAAAACAUGAAUGCAUGAAGGGCCAGAAGCUGGCCAUCAACCCAACCCAACAAAUCUAAAACUGGCUUUAAAAGGUUGACGCCAAUUUGUGAUCAAGCUUUUACAGUAUUUACUAGUUUAUACAGUUAUCCUCUAAUAUUCCAUAGUGAUUUACAGAAGCCGAAAUCUACUUUUUAAACUGUUAUGUUUUAACUGAACAAAUCUGCCGAAACACAAAGUUUACAUUUUUUCUGUCUUUCCAUUUGUAUGCUGCAAAGAUUUGUAAAAGAUGCUUUUGUAAGUGUAGAGAUGGUCCAGGGCAGACAGGGUUGUAUUUGUUAAAAGGGCGAUAGGAUUGUGUUAUGCAAAAAAAAAAAAAAAAAUUGAGAGGAAAAAGAAAAAAAAAAAAAACAUUUUCUAAGUCUUCGAUACCGUUUUACCAUAUUCCUAAAGUUGAGGUCCAAAAGUUUACUUUAAAUUUGUGGCAGAUAUCACUGCAGUGGCUUCAAGUACAGAGCUGACAGAAACCAUAAACUGUAGGGAAGGAUGGAUGGAGAAAUUAGAGCAUAGAUAGAUUUAGGGAUAAUUCAGUAGUAGGCCAAUGGUUAUGCAGGCAUAUUGAUGGAUGGAUUAAACUAAUGCACAGGCGAUACUGUUUAAGGAUAAUGACAAAUGGUUGAAAUAAUGUACCAAAAGAUGGACAGAAUGGAGUAUGGACAAAUGAGCAGAUGGAUGGACCAAUAGAUGCACAAAUAAGUGGAUUCGUGAAUAGUGAGCAAAAAAUGAUAGAAGUAUAGACAUAUGGAGUUAUAUCUGGAUGGACAAACAGAUGAAUGGAUGAACAAUCAUAAGCAAAUGGACAGACUGAUGAAUGUACUAAUUGAAUGAAAGGAUGGACAGACAGGCUGAAAGGUAGAUGGACAUUGAAACAAGUGUACUGGGAAGAAUUUGGAUAUACACAUCUUUCAAGACUCAGCUUUGAUUUUCUGUUCCCUUCCAGACUGGGAACACUCCUGAAUCUCAUUCCAGGCCGAGUAGAAACUCUGCAUACAGAUAUAUUGUGAGUCUACCUGUAUAUCCUUGCGACUUCCGUUUUUAUCGUUAAUGGUUUGUAAAGUGUUUAAAGUAUUGAGCAGUUUUUCAUGACUGGCAACUAUUUGAACUAUUUUCGAGCUCCUUUAAAAAGGUACUGAAAUGAAAAAGAGACUGUUCAUAUUCUUUAACUAUCAUGUGCGCAAAACUCAUCAUUUGUGUCACGACUAAGAUGAACCUUAUGUUAUUUGGAGUCAAUAAAAGAGUUAUUUAAUCUGA